CGCGCUCUCACGCGUGCUGCUCGCGCUCUGGACCCCGCUUGCUGUUCGUCAUUCAAAGCAGUAGCAGGCAGCUGCUGAACAGGGAGGCGGCGGAGGGAGAGCCCGAGGGAAGUACCAGGAAACCCGCAGAACCAGUGUAUGGAAAGGUACCAAAUCGUGACUCUAAAACCGGGAUACAUUCUUAUCCGGAAUUUUUGUGUACCGUUACAUCUCGAGUGGACAUUAUGAAAGCUGUGAUUACUCAACUGCAGCCUGUGGAAAGAGCAAGGAACAACAUCUGGGAGAAAUCUAACAUCAGCUUUUAAAACCACCACUAGGAACUGGAGAAGAAUUCAGGUUGCGGGUUUCUCCUUGCUUGCAAUAGUACUGCUGCAUCCUGCUUCCAAGACAAGAGGUGUGGCGUGAGGAACUGCGGCUAAUCUGCAGUAAUGCAUCGCUUAAGGACUACAGUUGCAAGGCUUUGGCCUUUAACGUCUGCACAGACAGCCCAGAGCCUGGCACAGUCCCGACUGUCGGCACUGGAAGGAGACAUUAGAACGUUUCAGCCUGUGAGAAGCCUGAAUGCGUCUGUGGCUGCUGAACCGUUUCUCAAUGGAACCAGUUCUAACUAUGUGGAGGAGCUGUACUAUGCAUGGCUGGAGGAUCCCAGGAAUGUGCAUAAGUCUUGGGAUAUUUUUUUCCGGAACGCAAACGCUGGAGCGCCACCUGGUGCAGCCUACCAAAGCCCUCCACCGCUUAGUGCACCUUCUGACGGAGUGACCAGUAUCCAGGCACUGGUGGGAGCUCGGCCCAAUGUGGAGAAGCUGGUGAAGGACCAUCUAGCAGUGCAGUCACUGAUUAGAGCCUACCAGGUACGGGGCCAUCACAUUGCGAAGCUGGACCCUCUUGGUAUCAGCUGUGUGGACUUUGAUGAUGCUCCGUGUACUGUUGGUUUUCAAAAUGUUGGUUUGUAUGGACUGGCCGAGAGUGACCUGGACAAGGUGUUCCGGCUUCCCACCAACACUUAUAUUGGCGGCAAUGAGAGCGCUUUACCACUCAGAGAGAUUAUUCGCCGCCUCGAGAUGGCCUACUGUCAGCAUAUUGGCGUGGAGUUCAUGUUUAUAAAUGACAUGGAGCAGUGCCAGUGGAUCCGACAGAAGUUUGAAACUCCGGGAAUCAUGCAGUUUUCUUUGGAAGAGAAGAGGACUUUGCUGGGUAGAAUGAUCCGGUCCACCAGGUUUGAGGAGUUCCUUCAGCGGAAGUGGUCUUCAGAAAAACGUUUUGGUUUGGAAGGUUGCGAGUCGCUCAUCCCGGCCCUUAAGACCAUCAUUGACAAGUCCAGUCAGUGUGGAGUGGAGAGUGUGAUCCUGGGAAUGCCUCACAGAGGCAGGCUGAACGUGCUGGCCAAUGUUAUCCGGAAGGAUCUGGACCAAAUCUUCUGUCAGUUCGACUCCAAGUUGGAGGCUGCUGAUGAGGGUUCAGGAGAUGUAAAAUAUCAUUUAGGCAUGUAUCACAAGAGGAUGAACCGGGUCAGUGACCGGUACAUCUCCCUGUCGCUCAUGGCCAACCCAUCCCACCUAGAGGCUGUGGACCCAGUGGUGCAGGGGAAGACCAAGGCGGAGCAGUUUUACUCUGGAGACACCGAAGGGAAGAGGGUGAUGUCUAUUCUGCUCCAUGGAGAUGCUGCAUUUGCAGGCCAGGGAAUUGUGUAUGAGACGUUCCACUUAUCGGACCUGCCGUCCUACACCACCCAUGGCACCAUCCAUGUGGUGGUCAACAACCAGAUUGGAUUCACCACAGAUCCCAGGAUGGCCCGGUCAUCUCCGUACCCUACAGACGUGGCCCGAGUCGUGAACGCACCUAUCUUCCACGUCAAUGCAGACGACCCGGAGGCUGUGAUAUUUGUGGGCAACAUAGCAGCAGAAUGGAGGAACACAUUCCAUAAAGAUAUUGUUGUAGACCUGGUUUGUUACAGACGUAAUGGCCACAAUGAGAUGGAUGAGCCAAUGUUCACCCAGCCACUGAUGUACAAGCAGAUAAAGAAACAGAAAGGAGUCUUGCAGACGUUUGCAGAAAAACUCAUUGCUGAAGGAGUCAUCACAACACAACACUAUGAGGAGGAAGUGGCUCGCUAUGACAAAAUCUGUGAGGAUGCUUAUGCUCACUCCAAAGAUGAGAAGAUCCUCCAUAUCAAACACUGGCUGGACUCUCCUUGGCCAGGUUUUUUCACUCUGGAAGGUCAACCUAAAACUAUCAGCUGCCCUACCACUGGCAUCCGUGAAGAUGAGCUCUGUCACAUUGGAAAUAUUGCAGCCUCUGUCCCAGUGGAAGACUUUACGAUACAUGGAGGGUUGAGUCGUAUCCUGAAGGGACGUGCAACUAUGGUGAGCCAACGAGAGUGUGACUGGGCCCUCGGAGAGUACAUGGCCUUCGGCUCUCUGCUCAAAGAGGGCAUCCAUGUGCGCCUCAGCGGACAAGAUGUAGAGAGGGGGACAUUCAGCCAUCGUCAUCACAUUCUCCACGACCAGAACGUUGAUAAAAGGAUCUGCAUCCCAAUGAACUACGUCUCCCCUGAUCAGGCUCCUUACACUGUCUGCAACAGCUCUUUGUCUGAGUACGGAGUACUGGGUUUUGAGCUGGGCUUUGCCAUGGCCAGUCCCAAUGCCCUGGUUCUGUGGGAGGCCCAGUUCGGAGACUUUCACAAUACAGCUCAGUGCAUUAUCGACCAGUUCAUCAGCUCAGGACAGGCCAAGUGGGUCAGACAGAAUGGCAUAGUGCUGCUGCUCCCUCAUGGGAUGGAGGGGAUGGGUCCAGAACACUCGUCAGCUCGUCCUGAGAGGUUCUUACAGAUGUGCAAUGAUGACCCAGAUGUUUUUCCUAAACUCUCAGGGGACUUUGCGAUGCAUCAGCUUCAUGACUGCAACUGGAUUGUGGCAAACUGCUCCACUCCUGCAAACUAUUUCCAUGUUCUCCGCAGGCAGAUCCUUCUGCCCUUCAGGAAGCCUCUCAUUGUGUUUACUCCAAAGUCACUGUUGCGCCACCCAGAGGCCAAAUCGAGCUUUGACGACAUGCUGCCUGGUACCCACUUCCAGCGACUUAUCCCGGAUGAGGGGCCUGCAGCAGUCAGCCCCCAGAAAGUGAAGAGGGUAAUUUUCUGCACAGGCAAGAUUUACUAUGAACUUAUCCGGGAACGCAAGAGCAGAGGCAUGGAUGAGGCUGUUGCUGUUGUCCGAAUUGAACAGCUGUCACCAUUCCCCUUUGACCUGGUGAAAGCAGAGACUGAUCGCUACCAGAAUGCUGAUCUGGUUUGGUGUCAAGAGGAGCAUAAGAACCAGGGUUACUAUGACUACGUCAAGCCCCGCCUUCAUACUACAAUAAGUCAUACACGCUCCAUCUGGUAUGCAGGCCGUGAGCCUGCAGCAGCUCCAGCAACUGGAAACAAGCACGCACACCUCAUGGAGCUUCAGCGUUUACUGGACGCAGCCUUCAAUCUGGAGACUUUCCCAGGGAAACUGUAACAUUCCAUCUAACGCAGAUCUGACCUGCCUGCCUGACCUCAGGGUCCAGAAAUGUUUUGCACAGCUCAGAAUUACCUGACUGUUAUAUCACUGUUACCAUGAAGACCUUGGAUUCACAGUGAGGGACGAUACAAAAAAACUAUAAAACUAACUUGCACUGAGUGAACAAAUUUCUACAGAAUGAAUGUCAUGACAUUUUUUGCUUUUAUUUUAUUUUUUAAUCUGUUCUGCUGUUUAAAAACUAAUCCAUUUAUUGAUUUUGGGGAAUAUUUACUGGUACACAAGAUUAAAAUAUCAGUAAGUCAAAGGAUAUUUAAAUAUUAAAGGAAGGUUGUGGGUUGAUAAGAGUUAGCUUUCUUUUAGUAUACCUCACCAACCACCAUAGGUCAGAAUUAGGAUUUUAUUUGGAUUGUAGUGAAAAGAAUCACAUAGAAAAAUAUAUGUGAUAUUUUAGAUGCUUUAGAGGUGCUGGUUGGACAGUUAACUAGAUAACUUAUUUAAACUCAUUUCCUUUGAGGAUAAGCGCACUAAGCAUGAACUGGUUUUUGGUUAAAUGAUUAAAGCAGAAUUUCAAACUCUUAUGGUGUCAAAGCCACAACAAUAUUCUGUAUGUUGUUCCUACGGUUUAGUCUUUUAAUGAAAUGCCAAAGGGUCGAAAUGACUGGAAUUUUGUCCAGCUGUCUGAAGCUUAGAGUAAGUGUGCUGCCCCCCCCCCCCCUUAAUUAGAAGGACAAAGUCAGCUGUUUAGAAAAUCAUGGCAUAGAAACUAAAGAAGAGCCAUCCAUCAUUCUCACCGAGGUACCAUUGCUUUAAAGUACAUUUUGCAAGCUCUAUGUUCCACCAGAGCACACAGCCCGACUAGUUAGCAAGAUAAUAUCUGCUCCAUGUUAGCGUGCUACUCUGUAAAAAGCAGAAUGGCAAAGAAAUGAUAAAGUUCUGCACAACAAGCUUGCUUAUGUAAAAACAAACUACUGAAAUUGGUGCUUUUCAUCAUACUGUUUAACUCUACUACUGUGAUUAUCUGCUUUUAAAAAAGCUGAUAUAAAUCACUGGGUGACACAAGGUUGCAAUUUUAUCUCCAGAUAUGAAUAAAGUAGAAUUUAAUCCUUCAUUUUCUAAAUAUUUUGGUUAGCUGAAAGAAAUUGUUGAAAAGACAGCGAGUGUCAACACUGAUCAGUGUUCCACAUGUGUCUGUGGAUCAAAAUAUCAAAAAUAUGGUGUAGGUGUCAUUAUUAAAACAAUAUUUAAUAUGUUGUAUCAUUUUAGCAGCAGAUGGCAUAUUUUCCUGUUCUAUAAUGAAUUAAAGCAAUCAGAUCAAGGUAUAGAUUAUUUUAUUUUCAUGUUUUUGUCAGAACCAUCAAACUGUGAUUUUUACUCAGUGUUUUCAUACCAUGAGAAUUUAACACCGUCCCAUGCCUAUAGCUAACUGUUUCAUCAAAAUAUAAAAAAUUUUAUUGGCACACAACAGUACAUGUUAAUUAUGGUGUGAGUGUAGAGGAAGAACAAUGUAAACUAAUCAAAAAACACUGAAGAUCAGGGAUUAUGUGACAUGCUGAGUUUAUACACCUGUAAUAUUUUUAAAAACAAACAUUAUAAGCAGCCUCUGAGUUACAAAGUCAGGUUUAGGAGCAACGAGCUAAACAAGCUUCUGCAGUUCUAACAGGUCUGUCACUUGCAUGGAUUAUUUAUGCUUUUAUGUUUUCCCAAUCUGAAAUGAUCUCCUGUGUCUCACUCAGCAGGCAUCCUGAAACAUCACUCUUUAAGCUCUACCUGUGUCACAUAUAACUGAUUACUUCACAUUAUAGCUCAUUUCCAUUAAAACACCACAGAACUGGUGAAGAGAUGUCAGUAAACAAACAACGUCAAAUUAAACCAUAUAUUUAUAUUCA